UUCUCGCACUAUGAGUACCUGUGCGCGCUACAGGACUCGGUGCCGCUGCCCGCCGUGCGCGCCUCCCUGCGGGAAGGCGUGCUGGACUUCAACGCCGACCGCCUCCGCGUGGUGGACUGGGCACCGCUCCUCAGCACCCUCAAGAUUAAUAAAGAUCUGCCCCUGAUCUCUAUCAAGAGCUUCUUCCAGCCUUGGCUCGGCGAAAUAGGGUAUGACAGAAAUAAAGUUUGCAGAGGUCGUGUUCCUGCGAUAAGAAAUAAAGAUGUGACCUUUCAGUUGUGUAAAGCCCUUAAAUGCUGUUUAAGUGCAUCAAGUGCACUGAGGAACCUGGAGCUAAAUGGACUGGUUCUGAGAGAGAGAGAUUUAACUGUUUUAACAAAGGGAUUGAAUAAAUCAGCUACUUUGGUGCACCUGUCUCUUGCAAAUUGUCCAAUUGGAGAUGGAGGUUUAGAAAUUAUUUGUCAAGGUAUAAAGAACUCUAUCACUCUUAAGACAGUAAACUUCACGGGGUGUAAUCUGACAUGGCAGGGAGCAGAUCACAUGGCCAAGAUCUUAAAGUAUCAGACCAUCAGAAGGCACGAAGAAACCUGGGCUGAGAGUCUUCGUUACAGGAGACCUGACCUUGACUGCAUGGCUGGCUUGAGGCGCAUCACUCUGAACUGCAACACGCUCAUUGGUGACCUUGGUGCAGUUGCUUUUGCAGAAUCUCUUAGUGAGGAUUUGUGGCUUAGAGCACUUGACCUGCAGCAGUGUGGCCUCACCAAUGAAGGAGCUAAGGCUUUACUCAAGGCCCUUGAAACCAACAGAACUUUGGUCAUUCUGGAUAUAAGAAAAAAUCCACUUGUUGAUCAUUCUGUGAUGAAAGCAGUUAUCAAAAAAGUUCUCCAGAAUGGAAGGAGUGCCAAGUCAGAGUACCAGUGGAUAACUUCUCCAUCAAUGAAGGAACCAUCCAAAGCUGCCAGACAGAAAAAGAGAACUAUAAUUUUGGGAAGUGGUCGAAAAGGAAAAGCUACUAUUAGAAUAGGAUUGGCUACAAAGAAACCUGUGAGUAAUGGAAGAAAACAGUCCAUUGGUAAAGAAUGUUAUGCUCCUGAACCUUUGCCCCCUGGUGUGUCUGGUUUCCUGCCGUGGCGUACUGCAGAACGUGCAAACAGGAACAGGGGUUUUCCAUUAAUCAAAGCUCGUGAUGUAUGUAAUCAGUUGCAGCAGUCAGAAUUUCCUGUGACUGUGACGGUAGAGAGUCCUUCCUCCUCAGAACUCGAAGAGGUCGACGAUUCUUCAGAAAGUGUUCAGGAAGAGCCAGAGAAAAUCAGCGUAAAGCAGGAAGCACUGCAGGAAAAACUGGAGGAGUGCCUAAAGCAGUUAAAGGAGGAGCGAGUAAUAAGGCUUAAGGCUGAUAAACGAGUCAGUGAGCUGGAACAUGAAAAUGCCCAGUUAAGAAAUAUAAAUUUCUCUUUGUCUGAAGCCCUUCAAGCGCAGUCAUUGACAAGCAUGAUCCUGGAUGAUGAAGGUGUUUUGGGCAGCAUUGAGAAUUCUUUUCGGAAGUUCCAUGCUUUCUUGGAUCUCCUUAAAGACGCUGGACUUGGGCAGCUUGCCACAAUGGCUGGUAUAGAUCAGUCAGAUUUUCAUUUACUAGGUUGUCCCCAGAUGAAUUCUACUGUCAGUAGUCCACCUAAAGAAGAAAAGAAGGCACAUGAGGAAGAAGAACCAGAAUUAAAGCAGACUGCCCUAGGACAAAUGCAAAAUAUCCAAUUUCAGAAAAUUACAGGUGACGCUAGAAUUCCUUUGCCUCUCAACUCCUUGCAUGCCCCAGUCUCUACUCAGGAGGCCCUAGAAACUUCCAAAGACAACCUGGGAGUCCCAGGCACGGAGCAGCGACAGGAGUCUUUUGAUGAUUUCAUUGCGAGAGCAUGUUCUCCUUCAGUGGAGGGGAUUUCUGGAACUGGAAGUCAGAGAAAAGAAGCAGAGUUGCCGAGAAAUAGUAGAUCUUCUUCAGAGAAAGUGACCAAACAACAUUCUGCCAAGACACAAUCUGGAAAGGACCUGCUUUCCUGCUCUGACUCACCUGUAAAGCGGAAGAGCAAAGGAGUCGGGCAGAAUAGCUCUUUGGUUAAUGAACCAAUUAAAAGUGAGUCUUCAAAAAAACACAUUUCUGUUAAGAAAGAGAGUAGGAUAGUGACUGUUUCAUCUAAGACAACUAAAAGUAAAUUCAGUCUACCAGAACACUCUCAAAGUGAUACUCUUGGAUCUGAUUUUGAAUUUCAAGAAAGCAUCCGUACUCUAUCACGCCUGACAUAGGUCUAAAUCUCUUAAAAUUAUGUUUCUGCCUUCAAAUUUUAAUAAAUUACUUACGUUUUUAUUAUAGCAUGUGGUAUUUUAAAAUACAUGACUAGAAGCCAUUAGAGAAAGAUCUAUGUAUACUUUUCAUUAUAAUGCAAGUUUUGGUGUAUUUUUCCUUUUGAUACUUUGCACCUUUCAUUCAAGUGAUUACUGAGGGCUUAAUAUGUACAGUACUUUUCUGAGUGCUGUUGCUUUCAGCAGUGAAUAAAAUAAACCUUUACCCUCACAGAACUAAUACUCUGGCGGGAGGAAAAAUAAACAACAAAGCAGGGUAAGGGGACUAGAAAGUGAUGGGAAUAAUAAAUGGAAUAGUUUUAUCACUUGGUUAAAUGUCAAAAUGUUAUGAAUCGUAUGGCCAGAAGCCAUUGACGCAUUUUAAUGCAUAUGUUUACCAAGGCACUUAAUGGUGUUCAUGGAUUAUAGCAACUUUAUAAGGUAGCGAAUUGUCACUGUGCCCAUUUUACAGAUGUGGAAUCUGAGAAAACAUGUGAGUUGCCCAAAAUUGUAACAGCUAUAUAUAAGUGAUGAGCUGGAAUUGGACUAAAACCUAUGUUCUUCAUUACUUUGUUAUCCUGUUUCCUUGUUGAGAGAGGAAGGCACCAAGAGAAAAGCUAGUGAGCUCAAGAAGUGCAAGAGAGUGGGACUGUCAGAAAGCAUGCCUGUCUUUCCCAUGAGAGCAGAAUUUUUAAGAGUACAUAAGAGUAUAUGUACCUACAUCUCUAAUUAAUUAUGCCUCCCUGGUAAUACAAUCGUAGAUAAGUCCUUAGUUCAAUCACACUGAAAGCUGAGAUCAGAGAGAAGCUGGAGUGUCAGAUUUCUUCUGGAAGGUCUUCACUGAUUGUUAGUAAGAGGGCUGCUAAAUACUGUUUAUUUCAUGGAUCAUGGAUUGAGUGUUUCAGGAGUAAAACAAGGAACGAGACGUAAUGUUGGCAGCAGAGUGAGGGGGGAAGCCAUGCCAGCGGGUUCCCUAAAGAUGUGCGUAACACUCUGAUGGGGAUACUCAGGAAUUUAGUCCACGUUUAGGGAAGAGGAGGGAAAACUGGGGGGCCAAGAAAAGUCAUCUAAAGAGGGAAUACCUAAGCUAGGUCUUAAAGGCCUUGUUAAAAGCUGGUGAGUAAGAUGGUGAAGGGAAGGGACACUCAAGGCAGAGAGCACAGCAUAUGCAGUGGUGUAGAACCGCGAGUGCAAGUGGUGUGCUUGGGGCAACCACAGGUACUGGGGCUUAGACUGAGUGCAGUGUGGUGCUCAGCACGUGAUGCUCCAGCAGGCAGCAAGGUGUCAGAGUGGGUCCUAACAUCCAUGUUGCAUGGAGCUGGAGCUGAUUCUUUUUACUCAGAAAACAGCUGAGAAUGGAAAUGGCACGUUCAGGUCUGCAUUUUAGAUCAUUAAAGUCAGUGUGAAAGGUGACUUUGAAGAAGCCUUGAGGUAAUUAUGCCACACUGUUCUGAGAAGCAGUGUUUUUUUUUAUGUUCAAGGAGGACUUACACACCCCCACCGUCUCUCCUGUCCCUCCUGAAAGGCUAACAUGGCAAAUAUAAGGGAGACCCCCACUGAAGUAAAGUUAGGCAGGUUUUCUUCCUGUACAACUUCUCAGGGCUGCUGUAGGCUAAUUUUCAUUGUGGACCUUCACGGCAGGCAUGUGGUGUGCUGCCCUUCUCAAAUAUAUUUGAUUAUAGAAUCCUUUUGUAUUUGAACUGUCUAACAACUGGUUCCACCAAACAGCAAUUUGGUAACUUCUAGAUUAGAUGAUAGCAAGAAGACCAGAGGUCUGAAGUAAGGUACAGGUGAAGGGAGGAAGUAGGUUCUAGUUUUAUUUAGGAAAUAAUAUAAAACAUAGCUUGGUAGUGAUAAGUAAAGAAAUAGGAGGUAGAGGCUGCACCCCCGUUUAUGUGACUAAGGUUGGGUGGUGGUAUCAUUGAGGUACGAAAUGGGAGAAGAACUGCAUUGAGGAGAGGAGUUUAGUUUUGGACAUGUUGAAUUUUCGGACACCUGGAGAAUUCAGGAGAUGACUGGUAGAUAACUGGACAUGCACACAAAGACAUGGAAAGAUAAAAAUGUGAAUGUCAUCAGCAUACAUAAGAAGUAGUUAAAAUCACAAAAAAUGGAUGACAUUACAGAGAACUAUGGGGACUGACAAAGUUUAAUAAGCAAAGGAAGGAUUCUGGGAAGAAGAGAGGUGCUAUCCAGAAAGGAGGCAGUAGGUAAUGGUGUCCUGCUGCAGAGAAUGUAAGUGUCCAUUGGAUUUGGGGAGUUAGGUCCCUGCUGACUUUAGUGAAAUUGGUUCAGUGACAUGGUGGAUGAGAAAGCCAGAUUGCAGUAAAUAGAGGGGGUAGGGCUGCCCCAGGGGGAUAGUGAAAACAGUGGGAUUAGGCUACUCUGAAGGAGUUAGGAAGAAAAGAGAAGACAAUUAGGAAAAAAAAUUUUUUUAGAAUGAGAGGACUUC